AUGGACCAUGAUCGAGGUGGCGGCAACAGUCGUUACCGUUAUGAAGAGGACGAGGAUCCUCAGUCUGUCUACAUUGGUGUGCCGGUGCCCAGCGGUUACCGUCGCAAACGCAGACGGAGACGUUCGUCCAUGUCAAGCCGUGAUGCAGAUGUUGAGCGAGGACUCCGUCAUGACCAUCACGAACACAAUGAUUGUGAUGAGAGAGACCGCUAUGAUCUCGAGGCGGGAGGCCUGGAUCAACCAGAACUCAGCCUGCCACCAGAUAUAAACAGAAACAUGUCCCCAGCAGCAGAGCGAUUGCGAUACAUACUAGGUGAUGAUGAGGAGUCCAUGCCCACCCCCACUCUCUUCACUGAGAUGGACACGCUUCAACAUGAGGGAGAUGAGCUGGAGUGGAAAGAAUCGGCUAGGUGGGUGAAAUUUGAAGAGAAGGUUGAGGAGGGAGGUGAGAGAUGGAGCAAACCCCACGUUUCCACGCUCUCUCUGCACAGCCUGUUUGAACUACGUACAUGCAUACAAACAGGAACUGUGCUGCUAGAUCUGGACGGUUACUCACUUCCACAGAUAGUUGAUGACAUCAUUGAGCGUCAGAUAGAGGAAGGGUUAAUUGGUCCUGAACUGAGAGAUAAAAUCAGCUUCGUCUUGCUGAGGAAACACAGACACCAGACAAAGAGGCCCAUCCAUCGCUCCUUUGCAGACCUGGGAAAAUCCGGCUCUGGAGGCACUCGGAGUCCAGCGCAAACACCGGCCACUGGCUCAAACUUCAUCCGCUCGACGGAAGAUCUUCGUAGCAAACAAGCAGCCAACUAUGGCCGUCUACGCCAUGCACAAAGCAGGAGUAUGAAUGACAUUGCAGACACCCCAAGCACAGACCAGUUGAAGAACAAAUUCAUGAAGAAAAUCCCGAGAGAUGCAGAGGCGUCUAAUGUUCUGGUGGGAGAAGUGGACUUCUUAGACAAACCCUUCGUGGCUUUCGUUCGCCUGGCUCAGGCCACAACUCUUGGCGGUCUGACCGAAGUCCCGGUACCCACCAGAUUCUUGUUUGUGCUUCUUGGGCCUCCUGGUAAAGGCAAGUCUUACAAUGAGAUUGGACGUGCCAUUGCCACGCUCAUGGUGGAUGAUCUCUUCAGUGAUGUAGCGUAUAAAGCCAGGGACCGGGAAGAUCUGAUUGCAGGCAUCGAUGAGUUCCUGGAUGAGGUGAUUGUACUUCCACCUGGUGAAUGGGAUCCCAAAAUUCGCAUAGAACCUCCCAAAAAAACUCCCUCGGCUGACAAAAGGAAAUCUGUAAUGUCGCUCAAUGAGUUGGGCCAAACGAAUGGUACGGCAGGGGGUGGUGGACCCGUUGGUGAGGAUGAGGAGAUGCCUGUUCCACAUGAGCUUGGAGAAGAGCUGGCCUAUACCGGGAGGUUCUGUGGUGGCCUUUUCCUUGACAUCAAGAGGAAGCUUCCCUGGUUCCCGAGUGACUUCUAUGAAGGUUUCCACCUCCAGUCCAUCUCUGCAGUGCUCUUCAUCUACCUGGGCUGCAUAACCAAUGCAAUCACCUUCGGGGGUCUUCUAGGGGAUGCCACAGACAACUACCAGGGUGUGAUGGAGAGUUUUUUGGGCACUGCUUUGGCAGGAACCGUCUUCUGUAUGUUCAGUGGUCAACCUCUCAUUAUUCUCAGCUCAACAGGCCCCAUCCUCAUCUUUGAGAAGCUGCUUUAUGAAUUCAGCAAAAAUAAUGGAAUUGAUUACAUGGAGCUUCGGCUGUGGAUCGGCAUGCACUCGUGUGUUCAGUGUUUACUGCUGGUUGCCACAGAUGCAAGUUACAUCAUAAAAUACAUGACCCGCUUUACGGAGGAAGGUUUCUCUAGCCUCAUCUCUUUUAUCUUCAUCUCCGAUGCUAUCAAGAAGAUGGCAGGAUCUUUCAAAUAUUAUCCCAUCAACACCGACUUCAAACCGGAUUACGUCACUGCCUACAAAUGCGAGUGUGUGGCUCCAGACACGAUCCCAGCCCCAGAUAAUAGCUCUGCUCUCUUUGGUUUAAAUAUAACAGCUCUGGACUGGACUCAGUUGAGCAAAAAGGAGUGUGUGAAAUAUGGCGGCUCUCUGGUAGGGAAAACCUGCAAAUUCGUCCCAGAUCUCGCUCUUAUGUCCUUCAUUUUGUUCUUCGGGACGUACUCCAUGACAGUCACUCUGAAGAAGUUUAAGUUUAGCCGCUACUUUCCCACAAAGCUGAGAAAGUUGAUUAGUGACUUCUCCAUCUUCAUGUCCAUCAUGACGUUUGUGGGCUUGGAUAUGCUUGUUGGUCUUAAAACACCCAAACUCAUUGUGCCCACAGAGUUUAAGCCCACUCGUCCUGACCGGGGUUGGUUCGUGAUGCCGUUUGGAAAGAAUCCCUGGUGGGUUUAUCUGGGAAGCUUUGUUCCUGCUCUCCUCGUCACCAUCCUCAUCUUCAUGGAUCAGCAGAUCAGCGCUGUCAUCGUCAACCGCAAGGAAAACAAGCUAAAGAAAGGCUGUGGGUAUCAUUUGGACCUGAUGUGGGUGGGCAUUCUGAUGGCAGUCUGCUCUUUUUUGGGUCUGCCGUGGUAUGUGGCUGCCACUGUCAUUUCAAUCGCCCACAUCGAUUCACUAAAGAUGGAAAGUGAAUCCAGUGCUCCUGGAGAGCAGCCGCAGUUUCUGGGUGUGAGAGAGCAAAGAUUGACAGGAAUCCUGGUCUUCGUGCUGACAGGAGUGUCAAUCUUCCUCGCCCCCAUCUUGCAGUUCAUUCCUAUGCCGGUUUUGUAUGGAGUCUUCCUCUACAUGGGUGUUGCCUCUCUCAGCGGCAUCCAGUUCUGGGACAGGAUUAAACUGAUUAUGAUGCCGGCGAAGCACCAGCCAGACUUUGCCUACCUGCGACAUGUACCGCUGAGGAGGGUCCACCUGUUUACAUUGGUGCAGAUUGUGUGCUUAGCUGUGCUCUGGACCCUUAAAUCCACAUUCCUGGCUAUUAUCUUUCCUAUCAUGAUUCUCGGUCUCAUGGUGGUGCGUAAGAUGUUGGACAUGGUUUUCUCUCAGCACGAUCUGGCAUGGGUGGAUGAUGUACUACCUGAGAAAGAAAAGAAGAAAAAGGAUGACGAAAAGAACAACAAAAAGGACAAAAAGAAACCCAAAGGGGAUGACAGUGAAGAUGAUGACAAGUAUCACCAUUAUACAAACUGCACCCCCGGUGAUUCGGACAUGGAUCGCAGCAUCACUCUACAUUUGAAGAUCUCCUGUCCGUCAUCCCCGGCGAUGCCAGUGGCCAGAGGGAUGGCUUGCCCCGUGCCCCAGGUGAAGAUUGAGAUGGAGUCGGACUAUGACGACACAGAUAUGAACCCUAGAGGAAGACACAGGGAACACAGGGAACAGAGGGACAUGAGCAGUGAAACAACACUAUAA